GGAUGUCGAGGGUGGUGGUACCUUCCGAGGCAACGCGGUCGCGCAAGGUGGCCAAGGCGAUCAACUCGGAGCUGGAGGCCUGGCUCGCCGACGACGAGCGGAGCAUGAUGGAUAGCCGGGCAAAGAAGAAGGUCCGCCUGGCGGCGGCUGCGUUCAUCAAGGCGCUCGAGCAGGAGCUCGAGGCCAACACCGAAGUGGUGGAGAUGAUGUAUGAGGAGGACGAGGGCGCCGGCGACGACGAGAACACCGCCCCGAGCUUCACAAGUGGCCAGUCGCGGGUCGGCACGGCGGCCGAUCACGACGCUGUCGCACAGGAGAUCCGCAGCCUGCAGAACGCCGUUGCACUGCUUGCUGGUGAGGUCCAGCCCAAGCGGAGCGCGGUGCCGCACGCGCUGGCAAAGCCGGCCAUCGACGCCGCCCGUCGCGUCGCUGCCGCCACCUCGGCCGCGCUCGACUUGCCCAAGCUCGAGCUCGCCGCGCCGAGCAGCGGCGCCAGGCGCGGUGAGGCCAAGGACGGCCCACUCGCUCGCAAGUUUCUGGUCUUUGUCAACACCCUCCGCACGCUCUCCAUCGAGAUCGGGACCACGCUCGAUCGCGCACGUGACAUGCUCAAGGUUGUCGAGGAGAAGAUCUCGGCAACGCAGGCGGCCGAAGCUGGCAACGAGCGCGAGCAGGCUGCGCGAGCGACCCGCGAGGCACUUCGAGCCGAGGCCAACGUCACACCGCGAACAGCCGCCCGCCGCCGCCCACUCUGCCUUGUGCUCCUGGUUGCUGCUGCUGGGCUUGUGGCCGUGCCUGUGGCUGCCUUCCCAGACCCUGCCGGUCUCUACCUGGCACUGUCAGAGGCCUUUGUGGACGAGGUGGGGAGGGAGCUGUCUCUCAAGGUGGCGGAUACGGCCAAUCUCGACACAACGUCGCCAGAUGUGUCCGGAUCAGGUGGAGGCGUGUCGUACACCUUCUCCAACAUCCGAUACAAUGUAGCGCUGGAAGACUUUGCUCUCAAUGCUGCGGCGGCACCCAAGCUCUCGGCGUCGUGGGGGAAGCUCGGAUUCUCGAUUGUGUUCAACUACCACGUCCGCGCCGACGCCUGGCCGCACCCGAAGGAGUCGGGCAUCAUCGAGAUCAUGACACUUGUUCCGGUCCCACUGUCCGUCGACGGCGAGCUGACGUUCUCGGGGCCGAAUGUGGCGUACCUGGCUCAGUCGGUCACGCUUGAUACCGAGAGCCAUGUGGAGAUUCUCAUUCAGUGCUCCGACUCAAUCUGCGUCAUCCCGGUCGACAAGAUUGCCCAGGGAGUCGCCUCGAACUUUGUGGCCACCUUUGAGGCGACAGUGCUCAAGGUGGUCGGCGAGGAAGCGACCAAGAUUGUCGACAAGAUCGCAACCACGGUCGCGGUGCCAGACCUGGCCAUGGAUGUUGUCCUCACGGGUGCGUUUGGCACAGUCCCGGACUUUGGCGGCCUCGUCUUUGAGCUUGCCGGCAGCAUCGAGAACAAGCCCGGCGUCUUGCCGCCGUUUGCGCCCAAGGUGGUGCCACCUGCCAGCGCGUUUGCCAACAUCUCGACCGGAGUGGCAGUUGUCGGCACCGACUACCUGCUCUCAUCGGGCCUGUGGGCCCUGGCGACAUCGGGCAAGCUCUCAGGCGUCACCAUCCCGCCGCAGCUGGUGCCGGCCGACUCGCCAGUCAAGCUCAACACCUCGGAUCCAUUUUUUGCUGCCGCCGUUCCGGGCCUCUCCAAGUACCCGGGCCUCGGCAUCUCCGUCACGCUUGACCUAGUCUCUGCGCCGCGCGCCAACUACUCGGCUGCCGGCCUUGACGCCAGUCCGUUUACCAUCAACAUGACGUUCGUGGUCGAUGCCGCCCAGCCGGUUACCGCCUUUCAGCUGGUGGUGGAAAUGGACGUCGCUGGAAGCCUCGCAGCCACGCUGACGCCCGACGCCCAGCUCGAGCUCAAUGCCACUCUCGACUCGAUCACCUUCCCCUCGUCGGUCCUGGCGUUCUCGAAUGUCGGCACCGUCGCGGCUUCGCAGUUUGCGGCGCUCUUUGAUCUCCUCGGCUCGGCAGCGGCCAAGGCACUGCAUCCCGGCGCGCGUCUGCCGCUGGUCAAGGAUGUGAAGCUCGGGCCCAAGGCGUUCCUGACCUCAGGCGAUGGCUACUUUGUGGCGGGUGUUGACGCUGCGUUUACGCCGUCGUUCCCGUCGGCGCCGUGCGGAGGCGCACCCGGUGGCGUCUGCGCCGUCCACAACGUCUGCUGCUCGUGGGGCUGCUGCGCCACCGACUCGGGCGUAUGCUGCCCGACCUCUGGCCUCUGCUGUCCUGCCGGCUGGAUCUGCACUUCGACGGGCUGCUCGCAGGGCGGCGGCUCAUCAGGCGGCUCAUCGGGUGGCUCAUCGGGCUACUCGUCGGGCUACUCGUCGUCGUCAGGCUUUAUGUGAUCUUCGCAACGCGCGCCUCACCGCAGCUACCACUUGCAGAGGCAACUCGUGUUUACCACAAAGUACACAGCCGUGAGCCAGCAUCGAUCACGAGCGGUUGAGCUUGAACAUGUCGAUGAGAUGCGGCGACUUGCCAAAGACAGCGUGCGAGACAACGAGGUUGAGGAACUUGGUCAGGCCGAGCGCGCGCUUCUCCACAAACUUGGGGUUGAACCGUCCGAAUAUUUGCUUCGGCGGCAAGUUGGGCACCAGCAUCGUCGGGUGGGCCUCGACGAGCUGCGUCCGCAGGUUGUGAAAGUCCGAG